CCAGCGCAAAACAUGAAGGCCAACUCCCUUAGAAUAGUCCGCAACACCGUGCGGUAUACAGUUCCGCGACCAUCGGUACCUCGAUGUGUACCAUACGGCCAACGCUGGUCUUCCACCGGCACGCGGGAGUGGUCGACGCCUCUGGCGAAGCAGCUGGCUGAAGCUAUAAAUACCACGGGACCCAUCUCCGUCGCGGCUUAUAUGCGGCAGUGCUUAACUUCUGACAUGGGCGGUUACUACACCAGGGAGACGUCAGGUCACGAUCAAUUCGGCACCAAAGGCGACUUCAUUACGUCCCCCGAGAUCAGCCAGGUAUUUGGCGAGUUGGUCGGCAUAUGGCUGUACACAGAGUGGAUUGGACAGGGGAAAAACGAAAAGGUGCACAUUGUGGAAGUUGGUCCGGGGCGAGGGACUCUGAUGAGUGAUGUAUUAAGGACUAUAUCAAGUUUCAAAUCCUUUGCAAACAGAGUCCAAACCAUAUAUAUGGUCGAAGCAUCCGAGCAGUUGAGGAAACAGCAGGCACAGUUGCUGUCAGGCACCGAGGAACUCAAGGAGACGGAACUUGGGUGGACAGCGCCGUGUAAACAUAUACCAGGAUGUGAUAUUAUUUGGUGCGAGGAUAUUAGAUUUGUGCCGAAAGACGAAACAUCCACUCCAUUCAUCCUCGCCCACGAGUUUUUUGAUGCUCUCCCUAUCCACGUCUUUCAAAACGUCGCAAACUCCUCCCUUCCUGCAGCCUCCACAACCGUCACUCCGGAUGGGCCCCUUGUCCCCAAGCAUGGACCUCAAGUACCAAAGAACAACUGGCACGAGCUAGUCGUGUCUCCAUUACCGCCACCCUCUUCUGACACAACAUCGCCAUCUUCCAAGGAUCCCCCUCCUGAAUUCCACCUCACAGUUUCCAAAUCACCGACCCCCCAUUCGCUCUAUCUUCCCCAGCUCUCCAACCGCUACAAAAACCUGCAAAAUACCUCCGAUGCCAUCAUCGAAAUCUCACCUGAAUCCCUCUCUUACAUCUCUGACUUCGCGGUCCGAAUAGGUGGUGACAACCCCCCUUCAUCUACAAACGCCGCCACCGCCGCGAAAACACAUUCGAUUUACACUCCCAAUGCCUCCGCACAAUCCGCGGCCACCCCCUUCCAGAAAUCGACGCCCUCAGGCGCAGCCUUAAUUCUCGAUUACGGUCCUGCCACCACCAUCCCGACCAACACGCUCCGCGGAAUCCGCGCACACCAGCCUGUUUCGCCUUUCGUGGCUCCUGGACUCGUCGAUCUCAGCGCCGACGUUGAUUUCGUCGGUCUCGCUGAAGCGGCGCUGCACGCUUCCUCCGGUAUCGAGAUCCAUGGUCCCGUUGAGCAGGGGUUUUUCCUGGGUAGCCUAGGGAUUCAGGAGCGGGUAGAGCGGUUAGUAAAGAGCGCUGAGAAAACUGCAGAUGGAGAUGAAGUCAGGAAGAGGUUGGAGACUAGUCGGAACAGACUAAUUGAUCGAGGACCUACGGGCAUGGGUCGUAUUUACAAAGCUAUGGCUAUUUUGCCGUACUUUGAGCAGAAGAAGGUUAGAAGGCCGGUUGGAUUUGGUGGAAGUUUCUUUGGAUAA